AUGCAGUCGUCGUCGCUGCAUCCGCCGCCGGCGGCGGCCACUCCGCGGGGUCGAAAGGGGCGGCCCAGGAGAGACCGGACGUGGCACAUCACGGUGUUCAACUACAUGCCGCUGCCGUGGGAUCAGAGGGACUGGGCGGAGCUUCCCCAGGACGCGAUCUCCUGCAUCUUCCGCAAGAUGAACCAGUUCGAGCUCCUGCUCGGCGCCGCGGCGGUGUGCCGCUCCUGGCGCCGCGCCGCGUGGCACGAGCCCGAGCUGUGGCGCUGCAUCGACAUGCGCUAUCUGCUUGAAGACGUCCCGCCCUCCGGCUGGCAGGCCACCCGCAGCAGCCUUGUGCGGGCCGCCCUGCGGCUCAGCGCCGGGCAGUGCGAGACCUUCGUCGCCGAGCUCCUCGACGACGACCUCUUCAUCUUCCUCUCCGAGCAGGCACCCUUACUAAAAAAUCUCUAUCUCAUCAAGUGUUACUACGUCUCAAAGGAAGUAUUUGCAAAGGUUAUGUACAAGUUCCCUCUCCUUGAAGAACUCGAGCUUUUGAUGUGGUUAGGUGGCACGGAAAUGCUCGAGAUCGUCGCUGAAGCCUGCCCAUGCCUGAAGCACUUCAGUCUCAUAAAACAAGAUCGUUUUUACGAACUUGAGGACGAUGGUAAUGCUUUCGCGAUUGCGAAGAUGCACGGGCUACGUUCCUUGUAUCUCGACGGCAACAGACUCACCAACAAAGGGCUGACAGUGAUCCUUGAUGGCUGCCCCCACCUAGAGCACCUUAACGUUUUUGAAUGUAUCUUCGCCUCUGCCCCCCUCCCGCUCCCACGCCGCGCGCCGCUCCGGCCGCUGCGGCCACCAGCCUCCGUCCCUGCCCACCCGGGCCGAGGCGCCACCAAAUCCGCCGGCCAUGCGCCCGCCGUCCCCUGCUGGAUCCCACUGUUCGACCCGCUUCCCGAGCAGCGCCAGGUCGGCGCGGGGAGCCCCUGCGACCGCAGCAGAUCUGUUUGGAUCCAGCGGUCCGAUGCAAGCGCUGGUCUCUCCAUCGCUUCCUCCGGCACCAACGGCCCGCCCAGACUCCCCGGCGCGUAUCCUGCUGCGAGGGAGUGCCCACAGAAUCCGAGGAAUAGACGCGGGGCGGACGGCGCCACCCGCGGUCCGGUGAGGGAAAGGCUGCGUUUCCCAGCGCCGCCUCCACAGGCUGCGCGCCCCGUCGACAUGGAUCGCCAGGCCCUCCUCACCGGCCCCUCCCGCCGCCCAAGGUCGAGCCACAAGGUGGUGGUCGCCACUCCGGCCAUGGAGCACCAAGAGUUUCUGCUCCGGAAGCACGCCGUGCUCCUCACGGCCGCAACGCCUCAGCACGCCGCCAACUUGUAA